UGCAGAAACUAAAGGAAGAGUGUGACUUAAAAAGGGCAAAAGCAACAACAAAAGAGGGGAAUAGACAUUAGACCCAUUAGCAAGCAAACUUUAUGAGGCCAAUCUGCUGCAAGCCAUGUGCAAAAAGUGAUGAGCAAGCAAUAAGAACUAUGAAUUUCUGAAAUUCAUCCUUUCCAUCUACUCUUCACUUUUUAUUUCUCCUUGUGAUUUUUAAAGACUUCAAUUCCAGCUCUAAAGCUCUGCAAAUCCUGCAGCUCUUCUGACUUAAAUUCUACCUAGCAUGUGCCUUUUCUGAUUAAUAUCCUAUUAAUUGCUUUCUUUAAACCUUCUAAAGGACAUGUGAAUUUUCCUUCACUGAUUGAAUUCUAUGGUGGGUUUUGAAUGAAUUGGAGACAAACCCAUUUGGGAAUUCCGCUUCAGGAUCUCUCUACUGAGAUGGGUAUCACUGGAGAGCUGGUAAGGAGUGUCUUCUCCAAGAGCCGGUCCGUCAGCACCCAUGAGAGCAAUGUAAGGAACAAUAUGGUGGAUAAGAGGAGAUGGAGCUCGGUGAGAUCAUACCUAUGUGGGGAUGAAUUCAACUCAGUCCUGGCAGAGGAGGAUUCAGCCUCUGUUAGGAGUUCAGAGGCCACUGUCACACAGCCUAUACCAGAUGAAUUAACAGAUGAAGGGGAUCUCCAGAGCAAAGAGGCUAAAAAACAACAAAAGCAGAAUUCAGCCUCCAAUUUUUUCAGUGAAGAAGAGGCUGCAAUUGUCAUCCAGUCAGCAUUUAGAGGCUUUCUGGCUAGGCGUCGAAAUGAAGGAACAAAAGUAAUGGAUGGUGGGCAGGAGCUUCUUCUAGGAAUAGAAAAUCCAAGUAGGGAGUCUGUGGACACAUCACUGGAAGUCCAAACAGGAAAUUCUGUGGAAGUUCUCUCAGAUGGGGAGGGAAGCGUUGCGGCUCAUGCUCGGAUGCAGCAUAAAGCCAGAGCUCAAGCAACCAAGUUUAAGGACGACUGGGAUGAUAGCACAGUGAGUAGCAAGGUGUUAAAAAUGAGAAUUCAGAACAGGAUGGAGGCGACAACCAGGAGAGAAAGAGCUCUAGCCUAUGCUUUUGCACAACAGUUGCGAAUCUGUUCGAAGAAAAAACAAACUAGAUCUGAUGGUGAAGAAACAAACAUGGGUUGGAGCUGGCUAGAGCGGUGGAUGGCGACUCGCCUUCCUGGAAGCUCCUCAGUUGAAGAUCAUGUAAGUGGGCAGCUAGAGCCAACUAUGAGCAUUCAAAGCUCAGUGAUGAGGAAGAACUUUUUCGAUGUUGGGGGAGAAGAAAGGGAGAGUUGUGGAUCUAAUGAGGUUGCUGCUCAGAUUGAUAAUUUUCCUGUGAUUUCCCCAAAAGUGAAAGAUAGCUCUAAGCACCUAAGCUCAGGCUUAAGGUUACAAGAGGUGUGUCGAGGCGAAAAACUGUGCCAAACAAUCACUGCCCAAAAGAGAAUACCAAGGUAAGCAAGAAAGACCGUCCAAGACUGAUAAGAAGCGCAAGCAAGAACAACCAGGAAUUUACAGAGAGAUCAAAUGCAAAGAUGCUUCGUCCCACUAUCAACAGGACUCAGUGAAAACUUCCAUUUGGUGUUAAAAUCUAUCAAGUGAUCAUGAGGCUCUUGUUUCUGUCUAGACUGUAUGUUUUCCAUAAUGAGUGUCUGGUUUCUGAAUAUUGAAUUCUCCUGAACAUGUUAUGAUUUUCAUAUCUUAUUUGAUAAAAAAGGUUCCUACUCA